AUGGAUUUGCUGCACAGUUUUGCCAACGAAUCAUCUAUCCAUGGGCUAGCGCAUUUGGUCCGUCGGCAGCACUGGUUGGAGGGGGUUUUCUGGCUGGCUAUGUUCGGCUUCACGGUCGUGUGUUCGAUCAGCAUCUGCAAUAUGCACUGGGAGCGCUUUCAGGAAAACGCGACGGUGCUUAACGUCGAGACGAAUUAUCUCAGCUGGGUGUUCCGUCCACCGGCGGCUACCAUGUGCUCCGACUACUUCAGUGAGCAGAAGUUGUCUCAGCUACUGCAACGAUACUGGAAGGUGGAUCACAGCAACCACAGCAAGUACGAUUAUUACCGCCGCUAUCUGCUCACGGUAAACCGGGCCCGAUUCGACAACCUGGUUAACUUUAAGCCUUUUGUGGAUGAUGCUACACUCAACACCAUCCCUCUAAUCGACUUAGCCCGUGAAUUAAAGCAUCCACUAACGCCACCGUGGAAGACGUUCGCACCGGUUAUGACCGAGGUCGGCAUCUGUUACUCCUCCUCGGUGUUUUAUGAAUUUCAGGCCCCCUUUGUGGAUCGAACCCUUUCCAACUACACGAAAGCAAGACCGGCGAAUUGUUACACACUAGACGUUUGCCGUACAAUGGUGGCGAUGAGCGACAUCGAUUCCUCUAGAAACGAGGUAUACAUCCAUACCGAGCAGGACGUCAUGACCGGAGACAGCUCAAUCCACUACGUCUUAGGCUCUCACGACAUCGUCAGCUCGCUUCUCUCAGUCGAACAGGUAGUCGCUUCAAAGGCCCUCAAACAGCUGUCCCGUCGCAGACGCAAAUGCCGCCUGCCGAACGAGCGGCUCUUGUACUUCAGCGUGUACACCAUUAAUUUGUGUCGAAUUAGCUGCCGCAUCGAAGCCGCUCUACGCUUGUGCAAUUGCGUUCCCCUUUUCUACAGCUCCGGAAAACCUACCGCAUGUUCACCGGCCGGGUUGUACUGCUUGGGGCAAAACUUCGACCAUUGGUAUCCGACGAAAAACUGCACCUGCCAACCACAGUGCGAGUAUAUUUUCUUUAACCAGGUGUCGUUGAAAAAGAAGGUACUAGAACAAGCCAACAGUAAGCUUGAGGCUCAAAUUAUCUACCCACGGAUGAGAAUAAAGCGUGACGUGCUGUUUGAUAUUAGCAAUUUAAUUGUAUCCCUCGGUGGUGGAGCAGCUUUGUUUCUCGGUUGUAGUUUCAUCAGCAUUGCGGAGGUAGCAUUUUUUUUAUUGGAGUAUAUUAUGAAAAAGGUUUACCGGCAAUACCAUCGGGAGCAAACCGCAAGUUAA